UGAUCGUGCUUCAUUCUCAAAUGAGAGCGAAUUCUGCAACGCCUGAUCAAUUUGGAUUACAAUGAAGGAAAUGGCUGAAUAUGCUUCGAUUGAUGCGUUCUGAACCACUCUCUCCUACGUUCCUUCGGUUUGAUAGUGAAUGAGACCGUGGUUAGUCGGAAAAGUCUGCCAAUAAUGGAAGGGACCUUUCCCUAAUGCCUAUGUAAGCAUAACAGUCCGAUAUGGAAAAAAGCUGUCAUUAAAGUGUAUAAAGUGAAUUAGUUUUGUCUUACAACUAUUAAAAUUGUUGUGACAAGUUACUCAUUAUAUAACUACUGAACAGAAUAAAAAAGGUAAGUAAUUCAUACUUUGGAACAAAAAUACGAACUUUAGAUUAGAAACUGAUAUGCACCAGUUAUUAUGUAUAGACUUGCAUAAAUCUGAAGUAUGCACAACUCUAAACAAAAGCGAUAUUUUUUAUUUCAUAAAUAACUUUGGGAAACUCAAACAGGACAGUUUUGCCGUCAUGGCCAAGCAAGACAUUCGUCAGUUCUGUUUGGCUUGUUUUCCACAGCAGUGCUUUUAUUAUCGUGGAAAACACCUACGCGCACUCCAGACCGACUACUUGUUGCUCCAACCCGAUUGUUUACUGAACGUGCGAGGCGUAUAGUGGAGAUUGAUUGAUUGUAUGCUUACAAAAGAAUCUAGGAGCGACGUAUGCGUAGUGUGUUACAGUGUUGGCCGUGAUUUUUCUCGAUAUGCUCAUAAAUAUAAAUGAGUAACGGAAAUUUAACAGAAAUUCUCGUCUGUGGGUGAUGUUAGCGUUUCAACUCAUUUGACUAUCACUGUAUACUUAUAGUAUACAGACACAGACAAACAGACCUAGCACUCAGAAAAUUUUUCUUUAAAACUCAUCGCCCACUUCACACAAUUGAUGAUUUUACGAAGGGAUGACAACUAGAUGGCACUGCUGGCUGACUGAUGAUGUUUUGUUUUCAAUUUGUCAAAUUACAAAUGUUUUGCAGAACGUUGUUGAAAAAAUGUUUUUUUAUGGUAUAAUAAGUAGAGUAAUUGGUGAAAUUAGUUUCCGUAUACAUUAGAUUUUAGUUGUUCUUUUAAAAUGUAAAUGUGAAUUGAUCUAAAAACGAUUCCAAGUGGUGUUCUUUUACAAUUUUGUGCUUUGUUUUGAUGGCGGCUGUGAAAUGUAUCGUGCCGUCUUGCCUCAAUGUUUUUACCGGAUCUGUGAAGUUUUUUGGGGUUCCUUCUGCUGGAAGCAAUUGCUUCAAGAAAUGGUGCCAGUUUAUGGAACUCUCUGGCCAUGGAAAGGAGAAAAUUUGCCAAGCUCAUUUCCGAGACAGCAAUUUCAUUUGCAAAACGCGCCAAGUUCUCAAGAAUUCCGCAGUUCCAUCAUCGAACAUGCUAAAACAUAUUCCUACGAUUGAUAAGGGACAAACAUGCUGUGUUGCCGGAUGUCGUACAAGAGCUAAAUCCGCUCUCUUACCAUUUCCCUCCAAAGCUAAAACGAAACAGCUGAAGCUAUGGAAAGAAUCACUGGGCAUGAAUCCUACUGACGCUGUUACUGGAAUGAGAAUUUGUCGACGUCAUUUCGGAGAAGUUGACUUCAGAACAGUUAAAUUCAUGUACCUCAAGCCAAAUGCUGUACCCAGCCGUAAGGUGAAGAAGCUCGUCGAACAUCCCCGCCUCCUAAUCCCUAGUACGGCUCCGUUGCCUCCGGCUCUGCGGGAUCAUACGUACAGCUAUCGCCGUUUCGUAGCUAAAAGCAGAAGGAUGUGUGCUGUUUAUGGAUGUAGUUCGCGAGCAGGUAAUGGUAUCUUUCUGCAUAGUUUUCCACCGAAGAAUGAUAAGCGGUAUAAGGCAUGGAUAUCAGCAUUGAAGUUCGGAAAAACACCAUCGAAGAACGCUAAAGUGUGCAAUUUACACUUUACUGGAGCAAAUUAUUAUCUAGGAGGCAAGCACCUUAAGGCAGGUGCUAUACCAAGUAGGAAGCUUCCAAAGGUUCAUCGGUUUCAAAAUGAAGAUGCGUAUACCAUGACUCGGACCUCUUUCCGACAAGAAAAGACGGACAGGAAUGAUUGUGAGCAUGGAGCGGAAAUAUACCCUAGCGAUACCACGUCCAGUGAUGACCCUGUUGAGAUGGAUAGCAUCAGCCAUUCAACAGAACACCCAUCCAUUUUUGAACCAGAGCGAUUAGCUUUAACCGAUACCGAAAUAUCCGAUACAAAUGUAAUCAAGCGUUCAAUUGUCCCUGAUUCGUUCACAACAGCCAGCCAAUCGUCGAGUAUUGAUGCCAAUGGAAAAACCAAUCCUCUAGCCCAUCCGAACCAGAGACAGCCGAACCAAUCCGAACAAAAAACCGAUCUGGAGUUGAAACUACGUCCUAAUAAUGAAUCCGAGCUUGUAAAACAGUUCAGAGAAACUUGGUAUCCCCUAGAAAAGCAGUCAAAAGACUUCAGCUGCCAGGUGGUAGCACAAGAUCUGAAAUCACGUGAUAUGAUUCUCCCGGAUCUACUUAUCACUGAUCAAGACGUUAAUACUUGGACUGGCCUUCCAAGUCUUGAACUCCUACAAGAAAUUUGCUGUUCCGUGCAGAAGCUUGAAACGGUGUAUCCACGAAAAUGGGCGAUGCAUCCUACAGAUCGUGUAAUCCUCACAAUGGCUAAGAUUAAGCAAAAUUUAUCGUUUUCUGCAUUGGGUACCCUGUUUCGUAUUCAUUCUGCAACAGUAGCUCAAUAUUUUUCUCAUACCGUACAUAUGCUGGCUCAAAUUCUUUCUACGUUUGUGUACAUGCCAGAGAAAAAAGAAAUUAAACAAAAUAUUCCCUUGUGUUUUCGGGAACAUUUUUCUAAUGUUACAAUAGUUCUCGACUGUACGGAGACACCAAUUGCAACAUUAAAGUGUCUUAAUUGCCGAAUUUCCACCUACUCACAGUACAAAUCAACGCGGACGGCAAAGUUUUUGAUCGGGGUUACUCCAGCUGGCCUAAUAUCAUAUUGCAGUAAUGCUUAUUCGGGAAAAGCUUCCGAUAAAUUUAUUUUUAAUCAUGGUAAGCUAAUCGAACAGCUUAAACCGCAUAUCGAUGAAGUAAUGACUGAUAAGGGUUUUGCCAUCGAUACCGAAUUGUCAACAAGAGGAAUAAAAUUACAUAUUCCACCAUUCUUGCGUAACAAUCGUCUAUCACCUAGUGAGGCACAUUUGAAUGAAGCAAUCGCGAAAGCUCGUAUCCACGUGGAAAGAACAAUUCAGAGAAUCAAAAUUUUCGCAAUUAUUCAUGACACUCUCGAUGCAAAUAUCUUAGGUGAAAUUGACGACAUAAUGUCAAUAAUAUGUGGAAUAGUCAACUUGAGCAACCCAAUUUUACGCGAUGAUAAAUUUUAAAAUGUUAACACUUAAGCCGUUAGUUUGUUUUA